AUGGACCCUACCAGUGGCAUUGCCGAUAAGGCGAAUAGCUGCCUUCUGAAUGACGAAUGCUUUAUAAGCGCUAGUAGCAUUGCCCCAAAGACACCAUACGCUAGAUGGCAGUGGAACAAAGAGAUGUACAUCUUCAAUAUGGAAUUAUCAACGUAUGGUCGGAGCUGCCUCAGCAAGAAAACCUGUUGCGCCAGUUUAGAGCAGAUGCGAUCUAUGCAACUGCAAGUUUCUCANAGACCCGGUACCGUCGCUCUAAGAGAGAUCCGUCGUUAUCAGAAAAGUACGGAACUUUUAAUUCGCAAAUUACCUUUCCAGCGUCUGGUCAGGGAGAUCGCACAGGAUUUCAAGACAGACCUGCGGUUUCAGAGUUCCGCCGUGAUGGCCCUGCAAGAGGCCAGCGAAGCGUAUCUCGUCGGCUUAUUCGAAGACACCAACCUGUGCGCCAUUCACGCCAAACGAGUCACCAUCAUGCCGAAAGACAUCCAACUGGCCAGACGGAUCCGCGGCGAACGCGCCUAAACCGGGAGGCAGUACU